UAUUGUAGGACAGGGGAUGGACAGGCUUUUGCUAUCUAGUAGGCAUUAGCUAUGAUUUCAUGAGUCUUGGUUAAUGUUCAACAUGGCCGAAACUUGGUCGCCACAAGAAGAUGGCCUGUGUCAAAUCUUACAGUUACUAAAAGAAUCCCAAUCACCCGAUAAUGCUACCCAGCGUGCAGUUCAACAGAAAUUGGAAGAACUUAAUAAAUAUCCAGAUUUCAACAACUACUUGAUUUUUGUAUUGACUAAGCUUACAUCAGAAGAUGAACCUACCAGAUCUCUGAGUGGCUUGAUCUUGAAGAACAAUGUUCGAGCUCAUUUUCACAAGUUUCCUGCUCCAGUAGCAGAUUUCAUACGUAGUGAAUGUCUUUCUGCUAUUGGAGAUCCUUCUCCUCUUAUACGGGCAACAGUUGGUAUCCUCAUCACUACCAUCUCUUCAAGAGGAGAAUUGGCCAACUGGCCAGAGUUGUUGCCUAAGCUUUGCCAAAUGCUAGACUCACAGGAUUACAAUGUUUGUGAGGGUUCAUUUGGAGCUCUUCAAAAAAUCUGUGAGGAUUCAUCUGAGAUUCUUGACAGUGAUGCAUUAAACAGGCCAUUAAAUAUUUUGAUCCCCAAGUUUCUUCAGUUUUUCCAACAUAGUAGUUCAAAAAUCAGAUCACAUGCCUUGGCCUGUGUGAAUCAGUUCAUCAUGAGUAGGACGCAAGCUUUAAUGAUCCAUAUAGAUGCAUUUCUGCAGGGCUUGAUGCAUUUGGCUGCUGAUGAUGACGCGGAAGUUCGUAAAAAUGUUUGCCGAGCAUUAGUUAUGCUUCUCGAUGUACGAAUGGAUCGGCUAGUUCCUCACAUGCAUAAUAUAAUUGAGUACAUGCUAGGUAGGACACAAGAUGGAAAUGAAACGGUUGCCUUAGAGGCUUGCGAAUUUUGGCUUUCGCUGGCAGACCAGCCCAUUUGUAAAGAAGUUCUUAGCCCUCACCUUGCCAAGUUGGUCCCAGUUUUGGUUAAAGGGAUGAGAUACUCGGAAAUCGACAUUAUCCUCCUCAAGGGAGAUGUAGAAGAAGACGAAAUGAUACCUGAUCGGGAGCAGGAUAUUCGGCCGCGUUUCCAUAAAUCUCGAACCCACACUCUUCAUCGCGAUGGAGCCGAAAGCGGUCGUCCUGCCAAUGCUGACGGGGAAAUUCCUGAAGAUGAAGAAGAUCUCGAAGAAGGUGACGAAGAUGACGGCAUGGACUCGGACAGCGCACUCUCGGACUGGAACCUUAGAAAAUGCAGUGCCGCCGCACUUGACGUUUUAGCAAACGUUUUUAAAGACGAUUUGCUACCUGUUCUUUUACCAAUUCUGAAGGAGACGCUUUUCCAUGCGGAUUGGGAGAUAAAAGAGUCUGGAAUUUUGGCACUUGGAGCGAUUGCUGAAGGUUGCAUGACAGGAAUGGUAGCUCACUUACCUGAGUUGGUUCCAUUCUUGAUCAACUGUUUGUCGGAGAAAAAGGCUUUAGUACGAGCUAUCACAUGCUGGACACUCAGUCGCUACGCUCAUUGGGUAGUAGGCCAACCUCAUGAUCAGUAUUUGAAACCACUAAUGACUGAGUUGCUAAAACGGAUCUUAGAUGGCAACAAGCGAGUUCAAGAAGCCGCUUGUUCAGCUUUUGCCACUCUUGAGGAAGAGGCAUGCACAGAAUUGGUGCCCUAUUUGGGUUUCAUUUUGGAGACACUAGUGUACGCCUUUAGCAAAUAUCAGCAUAAGAACUUGUUGAUUCUUUACGACGCAAUCGGUACGCUGGCCGAUUCGGUGGGCCAUCAUCUAAACAAGCCUGACUACAUAAACCUACUGAUGCCACCGUUAAUCACUAAAUGGAAUGUGCUCAAAGAUGAAGACAAAGAUCUGUUCCCGUUACUUGAAUGUUUAUCCAGUGUGGCAACAGCCUUGCAGUCUGGUUUUCUCCCCUACUGCGAACCAGUAUUUCGCCGCUGCAUCUCUUUAGUGGAGCAGACACUAAAUCAGCACAUUGCUAGUAUGCAGCAGCCCGAUCAGUUUGAAGCGCCUGACAAGGACUUCAUGAUUGUAGCCCUUGAUCUCUUGUCCGGACUAACAGAAGGAUUAGGCGGCCAUAUUGAACGUCUUAUAGUCGCUUCUAAUAUUAUGCAACUUCUCUAUCAGAGCAUGCAGGAUCCGAUGCCUGAAGUUCGUCAAUCGUCAUUUGCCUUGUUGGGUGACUUGACAAAAGCUUGUUUUCAACACGUUCUUUCUUGUUUACCCGAAUUCCUGCCCAUUCUUGGACAAAAUUUGAAUCCUGAAUUCAUCUCAGUUUGUAAUAACGCUACUUGGGCUAUAGGCGAAAUAGCAGUAAAACUCGGAAACGAGAUGCACAAUUAUAUUCCACUAUUUUUGAAUCAGCUGAUUGCCAUCAUUAAUCGACCUAACACGCCAAAAACUUUGUUGGAAAAUACAGCCAUUACCUUAGGUCGUCUGGGCUUUGUGUGUCCCCACGACGUGGCUCCUCAUUUGCAACAGUUCGCCCAACGAUGGUGUAUGUCGCUUCGAAACAUCCGAGACAAUGAAGAGAAGGAUUCUGCCUUUCGUGGGAUGUGUAACAUGAUAGCUGUUAAUCCUGGCGGCAUUGUGCACGAUUUCAUCUUCUUCUGCGACGCGGUUGCUUCAUGGGUCAGUCCACGACCAGACCUCAAGGAGCAAUUUGUCAAAAUUCUCCAAGGCUUCAAAAGUCAAGUUGGUGAGGAGGGCUGGAAACGUUUCACGGAUCAAUUUCCGCCGCCACUUCGCGAAAGGAUGUCUCAGCAAUAUGGUGUCUGAUAGUGCGGCAGCCGACUACUUCCGUCACACAUGAUUGGCGGCGCUGAUAUCCGUUACACAGGAAACGAGAGAUCACGCAAACGAAAAAAGAAAGAUAAAAAAAUCAUUAAAAAAAAAUUAUAAUAACAAAAAAAAAAACUAAACAAAAAGGAAAAAAAAAAACGAAAGAAAACAAAGAAACAAAGGGAAACAGUGUUUAGCGUUUUCCGUUCAGGCCAAAAAUGUAAUAGAUUUUUGCGGCUGAUUUCCCUACCGGAGUUCGUCAUGUAAAACCAUGAUGAAGUUAUUCUUGAUUUCUCGUAACACGUGUUGAUUUCUCUCCUUCGUUUUCUCUUUUUUUUUCCCUCCUUUUUCCCCUUUAUCUUUCUUUUUCUCUUUUCAAGCUUUUCCGAAGCUCUCUUAGCAUAGAUGAUGUACUCCUUUAUUCUUUUAAGAAAUUAGGUAUGAAAAUAUCUCUUUGGGAUGUGGUCAAGAACCAUUGUCCGGGAUUGCAGAUAGUAUGAAGGUUUAAUGCGUCCAAGUUAGAUUUAUUUGUAUGCUUGAUUUUUGUUUUGUGGCCCGAAUCCGUAUCGGCAAACGUCAUUUUGAUUUGUCGGCCUCGAGGCCUUGGCCAAUCAUUUUCUGUUAUGCUAUUGUAAUGGUUCUUUGCUUUUUGCAUCCAACCUUGUCAGACGAAAGAUUUCGUAAGAAGGCCUAGGUGUACGUUCGUAUUAGUUUGUAAUCCUACAUUGUUUGUUUAAACUUCGUACCACUCGCCUCCAGCGCCAUCCGAUUAAAAAUAGGAGAGGGAAGGGGGGGGGAGGGGGGAGGGCUUUCGGUAAUUUUUGCCCCGUCAAUUCAAAGCGUUUUCGAUGUACUUAAACGCCAAAACAGUAGCGUCGUUCGCGCCCCGUUGUCUUUUUGUUCGAUUUCAAUGGUUUGUUCCUCCGAUUGAUACCCAAGUAAAACAAAGUUCAUGACUAUUAGCGUUCCACUUUGAAAUUUUCUCUAGGGGGAAUUGUUUGCUUUUUUAAAAAAGGGAAAUAAGUCUGUGAUAUCUGCACGCAAUGCUCAUCACUUUUUUUCGGAAUGCGUCCGUGCGUGAGGGAAGUCGUUUUUAAAAUAAUAACUUGAUGCUUAAAAAAAAAAAAAUAAAGACCAUUAAUUGAUAAUUGAGUCAACCGAACUCCACACCAAUUUCAGAUGAGGCGCGAACAAUUUUUUUUUCUAUAAUAUUGAAUUCCAGGGUCGUGAUUUGUUGUUGCGCGUUAUACGGGUUGGGCAUAGGGAAAUCAUUAAAUAUAAAAAAAUUUCCUUUCUCCAUUUAGGCUUAUCCGCUAAAUAAGGGGCUAUAUUCGUUUUUUUUUUAUUAUUAUUUAUUUUUUUUUUGUCUUCUAGUCUGUAAGGUCAUAGUAACUUUAAAGCAAAUCCGUUUAUUUUUAUUUUUUCCUCAACUUUUUUUUUUUUCUAUGGCGUUAUUAGGGACUUGCUCUGAAUAUUCAUAAUGAAUUUGCUGUUGGUUAAUUGGGCAGGGUAGGAAAUAAGAUGUCAAGCUGGUUUCAUGUCACGAAGUGGGACGUUACACUUCUACGUUGUGGCGUGAUAUGUUUUGCUUCAUUCAUUUUUCCGUUUCUUUUUCCAUCUCCAGAAAUAAAUCUUGAUUUCGUUCUUGAAUUACCGUCUACAGCCAUGUGUCUCGUCCCCUAGGCCUUCAUAAUUCAACAAUGUAACUGCCCAUCAUCGUUAGGCUAUUUUAUUAUGUAUGUGAGUUUGUAUGUAUCCUCUAAUUGGUGAACGUUAGGACUAAAUCUUCUAUAGAAUUGAGUAAAUGGCCAUGAAUCGUACGAGUGCUUUGUUGCUGUGGGGUUUUCACACAUUUAAAUGAUUAAGUUAUACGUUUACCAUCGCUCGUCGUUUGUAGCACUAAAACCUAAACUAUCUUUUCUCUAAUUUCGUAACUGAAUUGGCAGUGCCCUCCCACUGUGUGACGUAUCAAAUGAUCAAUAGAUUGGGAAUUAGGUA